AAGAUAAAGCCCCUUUGAGGCUUAAACCCUCGGUAAAACCUCCUUAUCCCUUCAACCAUACAAUCCAACCAUUUGCAAGAACUGAAAUGCUGCUACACAUGCCAUGCUCACCAAAGUACUUCUUAGACCCAAUACUCUCCUCCUCUCUUUCCCGCUCUUCUCCGCAACCCAUCGCUUCUUCUUCGCAAAACUGACCACCUCCACUGCCACCAACACAGAUUCUCUCUUUUCCGCUCAAUCUCUGUCUUACACGGCGUCAUAUGGACCAUCCCUUCACAAGGGCAAAAUCCCAGCUCCCCAAUUUCCAAAUCAACAUGAGGAGAACCUCGACGAAGAUGGUGUUGAAGAAGACGGUGAUGGUGUAAUUGAUGAAGAUAGCUUCACUAGAAUCUUCGAUGUCUCGGCGCUUCGAGUCCCUGCGAGGGACUGUUCUGCUCUCGAGAGCCGAAUACGUGGCCAUCUCCUCAACUGGGCCCGAAUUCGUAACAUUGCUAGAGUACCCGGAGAUGAUGUCGAGGAUGACGACCCCAUCAAGCGUUUGAUUGUUGUGAAUAAAAAUGUUGAUGAAGAAGAGACUGAAAGUAGUCUAGAUUCGUUGAAUCGAAGGAUCUAUGGGAGAGCAGAGAGUGAUGGAGAAGCAUUGAGUCCGGUUUUGUACAGGGAUAAGCUGGCGAGGGAGUUCAAUUCGCGGGGCUAUGCUAGGUUUAGGCAUUUAGCUAGGAUUUCUCGACCGAAUAAAAAGAAGGGAAAGGGAGGGGAAGGAGAGGAAAAGAGGAAGGGAAAAGAGAGAAGAGAAAUUUGGACGGUGGAAGUGGUGGAUGAGGAAGUGGAGGAACUAAAGGGCUUGUUGGGUGAAGGGUUUAAGGGGAGGAGGAAAUGGAGUGGUCCCACGAGGUUAUUGCUUCUAGAUGAGAGGUACGCAGGGAAGGGAGUGGAAGACUUGCCAGAGGCUAUUAAGGUCAUUCUGGAUGAAUAUAAGAGAGGAAGUAUCUCAUCUUCGAUUGAGCUCGUUAGAUGCAAGCUGACUUUAUUUUAUGAUUACUGGCAGAUGAAUGAGGUCUUGGAGGUCUUGCUACCUAAGAAUUUGAUAAUUCCAUCAGCUUUUGAAACAGUCGGACACAUUGCACAUCUUAACCUGAGAGAUGAACAUUUGCCAUUCAAAAAACUUAUAGCAAAGGUAGUUCUGGAUAAAAAUAGGCCCAAGAUACAAACAGUUGUCAAUAAGAUUGAUGCUAUACAUAGUGACUACAGAACAAUGCAGCUUGAGGUUUUAGCUGGGAACCGAUCACUUGUGACAACACUAGUUGAGAAUGGAUUGCGGUUUCAUGUUGAUUUGGCAACAGUGUAUUGGAAUUCAAGGCUCGCGACAGAAAGACAAAGACUCUUGAGUGGCUUUACAUCCAAUGAUAUUGUUUGUGAUGUUUUCUCUGGGGUUGGUCCAAUAUCUAUAGCUGCAGCGAAGAUAGUGAAACGAGUAUAUGCCAAUGAUUUGAACCCAUAUGCAGUUGAUUAUCUCGAAAGAAAUAGCAUCCUCAACAAGGUUGAAAGGAGAAUUAAGGUCUUUAACAUGGAUGGGAGGAGGUUCAUUCAUGCGAUGUUUGCAAGCGAGAAAGCGCAAUCCAUUACCCAGGUGGUUAUGAAUUUACCAAAUGAUGCAGCAGAAUCUCUAGAUGCUUUCAAGGGAAUAUACAGAGAUAAACCCAAGAGUGGAGAAUUCACCUUGCCAAGGAUCCAUGUUUAUGGAUUCUCCAAAGCUCAAGAUCCAGAAUUCGAUUUUCAUGAGCGAAUAAGAAUCGCCUUGUCAGAAGUGGCGGUUGACGUAGAAAUGCGAAGGGUGCGCCUUGUAGCUCCCGGAAAAUGGAUGCUGUGUGCGUCCUUUGUACUUCCUUUGAGUGUAGCUUAUGCAAAGCCUCGGCUAGAUUUAUAAGCAGAUCAAAAUUUUGCAGUCAUGUAUCCCAUUAUGUGCAUAGUACAUUUCAAUACAUAAUUCAUUCAAUUGUCAGCAGUAACUUUUAUAUGGAGUAGAAGAUUGAUUACAAUUUUCACCGA